AUGGAGCGGAAUGAGAAAACCAAGGUCCUAGAUCGAUCCAUAUGCUUUCCGUUUGAAAAUCCCGAUGCCUUUGGGCCGCGGAAGCCUGCCUUUCAAUCUACACAUAAGCGUUGGGUUGAAUGCCUGUUGGGCCUUCAGUCACUUAUGGCCCUGCUUUUUGUGAUCGGGAGAAUGAGGCAGAAGGUGUUGAUGGGUGGGUUGUGUUUGAUGAGUGGGGUUCGCAACUUGGCGGGCGUGUUCAUGUGGCUCAAGAGGUGGAAGACGAGAAUGGAGUUGACCUCAUUUUUCUGGGCGAAUGGCUUUCAACGUGCUGCUGGUGUAUGUGUUGGAGUUAAUCCUGACGUGCGUGAGAAACUCGGUCGUGUUGGUUGUGAGGGAGGCCAUAUUCUUGGUUGGGUUUCUUGGGCCUGUGGUAGUGGCGGUGGGGCUCGCCAAGGGGAACCGGUUUUUCUCGUGCCGAUUUUUGGGGUGACGAUAUUGGUGUGCGAGUUGUGUGUGGUGUGGCUACCGGAGACGAAAGGGAUUGAGUUGUUCGAUAUUAUGGAGGAGGAGGAGGAGGAUGACUAUAGGGGUAAUGAAGUUGACUUGAAUAAUUUGUAA